AUGGUCAAGUACGACAUUAUCCAAGCUCGUGCAACCGCACUCGUCAAGUCCCGCCCUCUCGUCGCCGUCUUCGUAGGCGGCACGAAAGGUAUCGGAGAAUACACCAUCCGCACUCUCGCCCGCACUCAUGGAUCAGAUGGCCAAGGUCUCCGCGUCUACAUCGUCGGACGCAAUGCAGAUGCCGCCAACAAGAUCAUCACAGAGUGUCAAACGUCCUGUCCGACGGGUGACUUUCGCUUCGUCAAAGCUACCGAUCUAAGGCUGCUUCGCGAUGUAGAUCAAUGCUCUAACCGCAUUACGCAGAUGGAGAGGGAUGGAGAAGGGCUAGCUGGCGAGCCAGCGCGUAUAGAUCUGCUAUAUCUGUCACAAGACUUGGUGAAGUUCGGUGACCCAGAGUACACAUCCGAAGGCCUCGAAGUCUCCAUGUCCCUCCUCUACUACUCCCGCAUCCGCUUCAUCACAAACCUCAUGCCACUGCUCCUCGCCUCCUCGCAGCCCGCACACGUCAUCUCCAUCUACGCCGCCGGCCUGGAGACGUGGGGCACACUCUUCCGGAACGACCUCGCUCUAACCAAGGAUCCAAAACAGCACUACAGCUUCCUCAACUGCCGCACCCACGUCAUCCGCAUGAAGACCAUGUAUUUCGAGCGCCUGGCCGAACAGCAUGCGGGAAAGCUCAGUUUGGUGCACGUCUUCCCUGGAUUGGUGAUAGGACCGAGCUUCCAGAACCCUUCGUUUCCGCUGUGGUUCAAGAUUCUUUGGUUUCUUCUGGAGCCGAUAGCGAGGUUACUGAUGAAUACGGCGCCGGAGGUGAGUGGAAUGCGGCAUUUGUUUCUGGCUACUUCCCGCUAUCCGGCGCGAGGGCAAGUGGCGCAGACGGAGGGGGAUACGGAUUUAGAUGUGGCAGUGGCGACGGACGGGGUGCGAGGUGGUGGCGCGUACUCUUGUGGUCAGACUGGUGAGAUCAAUAAUAUACAGCAGGCUUAUGUUGAGCUGCGGAAAAAGGACUUCGCAGAUCAAGUGUGGGAGCAUACGCAUCGAGUGUUUAGCGUGAUUGAGGCAGGGAAGAAGUUUGAGGAAUGA